GAAAAAGGAAAGAUAGGGACGAUGGCUGUUUGAUAGGAAAUAGAGAGCAAACCACACCAGAGCACCCGCCAGCUACCCACGUCCCUGCUUUGUUGUAUAGUGUAUCAUGCUCCGUUGCAAUGGAUGUGGGCGAAAGUCUCGCCAAACUACUACGGACACUGCGGGCUUUUUCUUUGUUUGACGUUGUUAUGGCUUUGCAUGAGUGUGUGAAUGGACGCAUUCUAGGGGGUGGAUCGUCCGAACGAUGGACCUGCUCCUGGACACGAUGACCACCGCAGGAGGAAAUGGACAGACCGUGCUGGAGGCGACACCCCACAGUACGCCCAACAGAGAGCAGAUAGUCGGUUGCUUGUCGGUGGUGGUACAUUAAAUGUUGGACAGUAUGAUGAACAAAGGAAAACUUAUGACAGGGAAAGACAACAAGAUUAUCUCCAGUACAUGGAAACACAGAAAGGGAAACAGGGGCCAGGACAGACCCAUCAAAGACAAAAUGAUAAUCAGGCAAAUGCUAGACGUAAUCCGAUAGUGGAUGUCACAGCUCAGAAGUACAACUACCAGGAAGUGAAGAAACAGCUGGCAGAAGAGAGGCGCAAAGAGUACAACGAUCUGCUCCGAGCUAAGGAACAUGGAAGAGCUAGAGAAAAAGAAAAAGAAAUUGAUGAGCCCAAGAUUAUACCGUUUGAUCGUGCAGAACAAGAUAAAGAAAGACUCAGGAUUUUAGAGGAAGAGCGAAAAAGGGAAUACAAUCAAGUCAAAGCACAGAUGGAUGAAAAGCAUCGGAAUAGAAGAGAGCAUACCCCUCAAGAUAAUCUAGGAUUACCUGUUGGAGAAUAUGAGAAAAGAAGGCAGAAAGAGCUGGAGCAGAGGCAGUACAGAGAAAUGCUUCAAAGGCAACAAGAGGAGAAGAAACGCCUGCUUCUGAUUCAGGAGAUGGGUGUCCCACCAGAGAAAGUGCCUGAGAUAAUGGAGAAAGAGAAACAGAGAGCUGGGGCUCCUCAACAGAGACAACCGCCACCACCACCACAGGAGCCACUAUAUAGGGAGGAGAAGCAGUACGACAAUGAUCAAGGCCGACAGAUCCAGUAUCAAUAUUCUCAAUCAGAAGAAGAUCAAUAUUCUGAUUAUGGUCACAGGAAGACAUCCAAAGUACAAUUUCAGUCUCCAGACUUUCGAGAACCACGUUCCCCUCAACGCCGCUCCCCCGAACGCCGCUCUCCUCAACGACGCUCCCCUAACCGACGCUACCAACAGAGAGAUAGGUACCACAGUGCUGAACAAGACCAGGUAGAGUAAGCAGUGCUCCCAACC